ACCUCAGGACAAAACUGUCCUGAGGUAGAUCAAGGAUAUUCACUUUAAUACCUAAGAUGCUGCACAUGAACCUUCACUUCAACACCCCUUCGCCACCUUAGAAGAGGCCUUAAAGAAGAACCAUCUCAAGCAACUCUUACCAAUCUAAAUCAAACGAGAACAAUGUCCGCACAACAAUAUCUCAACGUCUAUACGGGCUUGGAUAGUCUCCGGAAUUACUGGGACCCAAACAAACAACCUCCUCUACCGCUCGUCGAAGUCCCCCUAUCACUCAACCCCUUCCAUCAAGAUGGCGUGCGUAUCUAUGCAAAAAUGAUGUCAGCCCUUCCAGCAAACAACGUCAAGGCUCUCCCAGCAAUGCAUAUGUUACAAAGCGAGAAAAUGACGCAGGGCAAAAUUAAGACUCUUGUUGAGUAUAGCUCAGGCUCGACGGUUGUGUCGUUGGGUAUGAUUGCGAGGAUUUUAUAUGGGAUUGAAGAUACGAGGGCUUUUUUGAGCAACAAGACCUCGCUUGCGAAGUUGCAGAUGAUGAGGUUUUUUGGGCUGAAUAUAUCUGUCUUUGGUGGGCCAUCACAGCCCGAGCCUGAAGAUGCAAGGGGCGGGAUCUAUCGCGCCCAUAAAUUGGCACAAGAUAGAGAUGAUACAUACAAUCCGAAUCAAUAUGUCAAUGACUUGAACUGGGGUGCACACAUGAAAUGGACCGGGCCACAAAUUAUUGCACAAUUGCCACAAAUUAACGUGUUUUGUGCCGGCAUGGGAACUGCGGGUACAAUGACGGGGAUCGGCACGUAUCUGAAGCAAGCCAAGCCUUCCAUCACAAGAGUUGGUGUCUGUACCAAACCUGGCGAUCGCGUUCCGGGACCACGAUCCCACGCUCUGCUUGCACCAAUCAACUUUCCGUGGAAACAGGCUGUCGAUGAGUUGGAAGAGUGCGGAUCUCAGGAUGCGUAUCGACUGAGCAUGGAGUUGUCGAGGGAGGGACUCGUCUGUGGGCCGAGUUCCGGCUUUAAUCUACAAGGCCUCUACAACUAUCUCCAGAAAAAGAAAGAUGCUGGAGCCAUGAAAGAGUUAUCAGGAGAUGAUGGCGAAAUUCACUGUGUAUUCAUAUGCUGUGAUCUGCCUUACCAGUAUCUGGAUGACUACUUCGUUAAACUGGAUGAAAGAUACUUCCACCCCAUCCAGAACAGCAAUCUCCUUAAUGUAGACCUCCACCGCUACGACGAAGCCUGGGAGCUUGAAGCUCCAGCCGCUAUGUCAAAGCUCUACUCAACAACAGAAAUACCCAUCCAAUGCCGCCCGGAAUGGUUCCUCAUUGACCUACGGGACACCACGGAUUUCGAAAGUGGCCAUCUGCCAGAUGCGGCGAAUUGGCCCCUUAAAUCUCUUGCUAGGGGUGGGAAGAGCCCAUUUUUCGAGUCUCAGGUUCUAGAGAAGCAAUGGCUGGAGCUGGAAUCGCUGUUUGUAUCGAAAAACGGGAACUCCGAGGGUCGCCUCAAGGCGCUGAAUAGCCCUGGGCACUCCGUCAUGAUCCUUUGCUACGAUGGUGAUACAGCACGAGUUGCUACGAGUGUGUUACGAGCCAGGGACAUUGAGGCUUGGAGUGUUCGGGGAGGAAUGCUUGGCUACGAGUUUGGACAUUUGCUUGUCUCGCCGAUUAAUGCGGGGGUGGCUGAACAGCCUCAACAGCCUCAACAGCCUCAGCCAUCGCAGAUUAAGGUUGACGGAGGGUUCUGACGAUGAGAUGAAUGAAGUUCAGGCGCUAAAGUACAUAUCUAUAGAAAUUCUAGUUUGAAGUGAUCUCCGUUAAUUAAGAGUUCGGUAAAGUGACGUUCUCGACAAUGCA